AUGGCGACCCAAUCACUCUCAAGAUGGACUUAUUUAGACAAUAUCCGUCGAACUCCUGGACCAUUUACUGAUGAGGAGUUUGAUGGUAGCGAGGCAUGCACUGCUCUCCUCGAUCAUAUGAAAAUCUUGGUAAUUGGAGCGGGAGGUCUUGGUUGCGAAAUCUUGAAGAAUCUAGCGCUAUCAGGAUUCAAGACGAUUCAUGUGAUUGAUAUGGAUACAAUCGAUGUUUCAAAUCUGAAUCGACAAUUUCUUUUCCGCCAUAGCGAUGUUGGCAAGUCCAAGGCUGAAGUUGCAGCCAAAUUUGUGGAGAAACGAGUAAAGGGUGUCACCAUUGUGCCGCAUAAUUGCAAGAUCCAAGACAAGGAUGAGGAAUUCUACAUGCAAUUCAGCAUUGUUGUAUGCGGGUUAGACAGUAUCGAAGCCCGACGAUGGAUUAAUUCUAAAUUGGUCGACAUGGUUGAUAUGGAAAACCCGGACAGUCUGAAGCCAUUGAUUGACGGAGGUACCGAAGGAUUCAAAGGUCAAUCCCGUGUAAUCUUACCGACCAUGACUUCUUGUAUCGAGUGUCAACUUGAUAUGCACGCACCAAGAGCUGCAGUUCCUCUCUGUACGCUAGCUACAAUUCCUCGCCAACCGGAGCAUUGUAUCGAGUGGGCUCACAUUAUGGCAUGGGAGCAAGAGAAGCCAUUUCCUAAGCUAGAUAAUGAUGAUCCAGAACACAUCACUUGGCUUUACAAGAAGGCCCUAACUAGAGCGCAAGAGUUUAACAUCCCGGGUGUUACUUAUUCUUUGACACAAGGAGUGGUCAAAAAUAUUAUUCCAGCAAUCGCCUCAACUAACGCAAUAAUCGCGGCAAGCUGCUGUAAUGAAGCGUUCAAAAUCGCAAGCAGUACCAAUCCCUCUCUUGGGUUGGAAGAAAAUUACAUGAUGUACAGUGGAGACGACGGCAUUUACACUUACACCUUCAAGCAUGAGAAGAAGGACGACUGUCCCGUGUGUGGAAACUUGGCAAGGGAUUUGAGCAUCGACCCCAAUUUGACUCUUCAGGAGUUCAUUGAUUCUCUUGCACAUAGACCAGAAGCACAGCUCAAGAAGCCUUCAAUUCGUUCAGCCGACAAUAAGUCUUUGUACAUGCAGAGCCCGGAGAGCUUGCGCGUGAAGACUGAGCACAACUUGUCGAGGAAGAUGGGAGAAAUGACAGGGGACGGGGAUGAGGUUGCAGUGACAGAUCCGUCAUUAGGUUCAGUCAUGUUCAAGUACAGACUGAAAUUCUCCAGGGAAUUUGUGGCAGAUGCUGCUGCGAAUGAGAGUGUGUCUGCUUAG